AUGCAGACCAACUUUGUCGUCCUGUUGAUGGCCUUAACAGCCACCGUGAUGGCCUCUCCCACAGCCCUUGAGGCUAGCGAGCUUGUUGAAAGUGCCGCCUGCCACCACCCCAGCUCUUGCGGCCGCUUCUGGUCCGGGAAAUGUGAGGAUUACUGUGAUUAUCGGGGAUUCUCGCACAUGAGUAGCUCUGGAUGCUCGUGGCUUGCCAAGAAAUGCUGCUGCAAGAAGGCCUAG